AUGGUCUUCAUUUUUAUUCAUAGUGUAAGGUUUAAAUUAAACACACCCAGCUCACCCGCAAACAUGAGCUUACUGCUAUACGUAUCUUCCUCUAAGAGCCCUAUUUUUCGUGACGAAGCUGCAUCUUCCGACAUCACAUUAAACUUCGAGGGAUACCCAUAUCAAUACGCUCAGAAAGACUGUCUAGUUCAUCGCCACUGUACGGAAUAUGGUGAACCAGGCCAGAUUGGCUUCUUGUGA